AUGUCUGAUGCAAAGGAAGAGAAAGCGCAGGUUGCAGCUGACAGAAUCAAGGCUGCAGCACUCACUGCUGCCAAAGGUUUGAGCCGUACCCAAGCUGAGCGAGCAGCCGCUGCUGCUGCAAGAAACGUUAACGCUUAUGGCCAAAAGGAAGAAGGUCCUAGCCGAUGGCAGGAGAAAAGAGAAGCUAAGCGCCAGAUGUAUUUGAUGAGUACCGAGAAAGCCGUCAGGCUCGGGGAGAGGAAAGACAAGCCUAUGUCCUCAGCUACAUUGGGUGGUACCUCCGCAGCCGCUUCACAGUGCCAGAAAUGCCCUCGAGAACCCAGCAGCUUAAGAACCCUAAGCUGA